AUGCAGCUUCAACUGCUCAAUCUAUUUGGUGGGGAAGAGAAGACACAUGAGUCUUUACACACCGUGGUGAGCUGUAGAGUUAAACCAUGGUUCGAUGUGUUUGUAUGGACAAGGGAAGGGACAGGGACAGACACAGGAGGGUGGAGGUGGAGGUGA